AUGUCGCAGGGCGACCAGGGCGAGGGUCGCCGCGUGUCGCACGGCGACCAGGGCGUGAGCCGCCCCAUGUCGGCGGGCGGGCGGCGGAAACCCCCCGCGGAAGGGGGAGGGGAGGUGUCGGAGCUGAUGGCGCGCUUCCAGCGGCACAAGCAGAGCACCAAGGACUCCUCAGGCCGUCCUCCCCCCUCGCCACUCUCUGCCAGCCCCUCCACGCUUCCCCUCAACCGCUUGAUAAAAGUGGCCGUCCUCCCCCUUCGCCACCCUCCGCGCCUCCCCUCAUCACCACCCAUCUCCACCCAUCCCCACCCCCUUAUUCCCCAUGUCUCCCACCCAUCAGAGCACCAAGGACCCCUCAGGGCCAGCACCAAGGACCCCUCAGGGCCGUCCUCCCCCCUCGCCAACCUCCGCGCCUCCCCCUCCAGCCCCUCCGCGCUCCCCCUCAACCGCUCCUCCAGCUGCGCCCUCCCCUCCUCCGCCACUGGGGGGGGCGCCAGCGCGUCCGCGCUCCCCUCGUCCCCCUCCUCCUCCGCCUCGUCCGCCUCCUCCACUCCUAAGCGGCGCUCCAGAGCUGCAGCAGCAGUGGCGGCUGCUGGUGGUGGCGCUGCUGGGGGGGCUGGAGCUGGGGCUGGGGAGGCAGGGGCGGAGCAGGUUUUGCUGCCAUCCCCAUCCGCUUCUCAGAGCACGGGGAAGGAGGAGCGCGCUCACAAGUCAAGUGGGAAGAAAUCCAAAGAGCACAAGGAGGGGAGGGAGCAUAAGGAAGGGAGGGAGCAUAAGGAGGGGAAGGAGGGGAAGGAGCAUAAAGAGCAUAAGGAACACAAGGAGGGCAAGGAAGGGAAGAAGUCCUCAAGAGUAGUGCAGAAGGAGGCAUUAGAGGAGAUGCGUGUGGAGGUGGAAUCGCUUCGAGCCGAGCUGGCCCGGUGGCAGGGCCGGUGCGAGGAGGGUGAGAGGACCUUCGAGUCAACCCAAAAGGCACUACGAGCAGAAGUGGUGGAGUGGCAGGGGAAGUGCGAGGAGGGCGAGAGGCAGCGAGGCGAGGAGCAAAAGCGCAGAGAAUCUGCCGAGGCAGGUCUUGAGGCCUCCCGGUCUGCAGCUGCUGCAGCAGGGGAGGCGGAAGGGGGUGUGGGAGGCGCGGGGGAGGAGGAGAGGAGCGAGAGGAGGGAGAGGGAGGUGGGUCUAGAGGUCCGUGUGAAGGAGCUUGAGGAGCAGGUGCGAGCUGCAGAGGCAGCUCUGGUGGAAGCAAGUGAGCGGGCAGAGAGGGCAAUGAGGGAGCGAGAGGAGGGGGAGAAAAGGGUGCUUCAGAUGGAGCAGGAAAAGGGAGAGGUGGAGAGGGCGAGGCGAGAGGCAGAGGAGAGGGCUGCAGAGGCAGAGGCACGGGCGGUUGCAGCUGAACAAAGAGUGGUAAAAUUGGAACAGAAAGUGGUUGAGUUGGAAGAGAAGAUGCGUGAAUCUGAGGGGACGGUGAGUGAUGAAGGCAGGAGGAGGGUUGAGUUGGAACAGAGAGUGGGGGAAGCGGAAGGGAGAGCAGACGCGGCGGAAUCACAUGCGAGAGAUAUGGAGGGGAGGCUGGAGCAGGGGGCUCGGGAGGAGAAAAGCCGAGAGGAGAGGGACAAGGCGAGGAGGGAGGGGGAGAGAGGCAAGUGGGAGGAGGAAAGGAGGGAAAUGGAGAGGAAGUGGGAGGAGGAGAGGAGGGAAAUGGAGAGGAAGUGGGAGGAGGAGAGGAGGGAAGUGGAGAGGAAGUGGGAGGAGGUGAUGCAGGAGGAGGUGGGGCGGAGAGAGGGGAGGAUCAGAGAGCGAGAAGAAAGGCUGAAAGCUCUGCCUGCUGACGUGGCACUGCUGCAGCACAAGCUGGAGGUGGCGGUGGGCGAGCUGAAGAGCCUGCGGGCGGCAAAGCGGGCGGCAGAUGCUGAGAUCAGCGAUCUGAGGCAGACUCGAGAGGACACCAUCAGGCGAGUGGUGGAGCUAGAAGGCGAGAAGCAGGGACUAGAGCUGGAGUUAGAGGAGCUGGUGAACGAGCUACUGAGGGAGCAGGAGAUAGCAGCGGAGGCGGGCAUGGUGGCGGAGCAGGAGUGGCAGCGCCGCCAGGAGGCCGUCCGUGCUCUCGUGCAGAUGGAGAGGCAGCUCAACAGUGCCGGUGCUGCUGCCGCUGGUGCUGGCGCUGGCGCUGCUGGUGCUGUUGGUGCUGCUGGGGAGAACGCCCUAAUGGAUGCUGGUUACCAGGUUACAAAUGAGUUGGGGCAUGCGGUUGUGUCUCCCCCUGGAGGGCUGGAGCCAGCAGCAAUGGUAGCGGCGGCGGCGGCAGCAGGAGCAGGGCCGUACCUCAGGAGAGGCCAAUCCGACGUGUCAGCGUUUCACAGGCGCAUUCCCAGCGGCUCCUCCUUCAAGUUCCUGCAGCAGCAGCAGCAGCAGCAAGGCGCGCUCGACCCCACCCUACUCGCAGACAACCCAGAGGAAUCUGACUUCCUGGGCACAAAGCUCCCGGAGAUCAAGCGCCGCCUGGAAGCUGCAGCCAUCUCGCCCGCCCCCACGCCCUCCUCCUGCCCCUCCCGCGCUCCCGGGCAGCCCGGGCAGCCCGGGCAGGUUGGGAAGCCUGGACACCGCAUUUCUCGGUCAGGGUCGUUCAGUGCUACGGCGGCGGCUGCGGUGGCAGCUGCGUUUGCAGGCACGGGGUCGCUGGCUGCUGCUAGAGCCAGGGCGGUGGGCGCCUCUCCUGCUGCCAGCCCUGGCGUGCUCCCUCCUGCCCCAGCCCUUCCUCCUCCCCCUCCCGCUUCUGCUUCUGCAGCUGCUUCUUCUGCCGUUUCUCCUGCUGCGGAGGGGGCAGUUUCUGCUGUUACUACUGUGGCUUCUGCUCCAGCUGCAGUUGCCCUCACUUCUUCUGCCGGUGCCGGUUCAUCUGAAGCAACCACCUCAUCUGCUCCUGAUGGUUCUCAGCCUAUCUCCUCUGCUAUGCCCUCCUCCGAAUCCUCUCUCCCUGCCACCUCUCACACCUCCCUCUCUCGCCCGGCCCGCCCCUCCGGCCCGCGUCUUGUUGGUUUCGCCGACCCCGCCUCUUCCUCUCUCCCGUCAACCGCCACUGCACAUUCCCCUGACACACAUGCCGCCACCACGGGUGAUGCUGCAGCAGUCAACACGGAUAGCAGCACAGGCAGCAUCACUGCCACUGGUGUUACCACUGCCAGUAAUGCUGCUACCGCCGCUGCUGCUGCUGGUGGCACUGCUGCCACUAGUGGUAACCAGCAUGGCAAGCUGACAGGCGGCAAGUCAAUGCGCGCCGCCCUGCUGGAGCAGAUGGGAGCAAGCGAGCUGGCCGACGAGCUGGCUGCCGCCCGGGCGGCGGCUGCUGCCGCCACUGCGCAAGCCGCCCGGGCGGCCUUGGCUGGCUCUGGCAGUCCGGGUGGGGGAGGGCGUGGAGGGAGUGGGGGGAGUGGGGGGAUGAGUGGCAUGCUGAGCUGGCUUACAGGUGGGCUGGCCGGUCAGGCUGCUCCUGCUGCUGCUGCUGCCACUGCCACUGCUGCAGCUGCUGCCGGUUCUGGCUCAGAGGCGAAGGAGGUGCCGAGGCAGCUAGGUGUUGUGGUUCGCAGGCCGUUUGGCAUAGUUCUGACGGGCGAGGAGAGGGCAGCAGAGGGCGGUGAGCGGGCGAGUCCCAACGGCAGUUUCAGCAGCCCCAGGGGGGGUCGAGCCGGGGGCAGCGGAUUCAGCAGCCCGAGAAGCAGCGGCAAGACAGGGGCGGGUCCGAGCCCUUUGAGUCCUCGGCCGGGGAGGGACUCACCGCAAGACAGGCAGGGUAAGGCACAGCUGCAGGGACAGAAACACAGGCAGCAGACGCAACAGGGGCAGCAGCAGGGGCAGCAGCAGCAGGGGCAGCAGGAGGUGUGGCGGCACCAGGCGGCGUUCAUCCAUGUGUUGCUACAGCUGGCCCAGCGGGCUGUGGAGCGCAGCGAAGACGCUGCUGCUGCCGCCGAGGCUGUUCUCUCCGCCACGGCACGAGCUGAGGCUGAGAUGCGCGAGUGGGAGGUGGAGCGGCAUCUCUCGUCUGUGUUCGGCGAGAUUCGGCUGUUUAUGCGGCAGCAGGGGGUGGAGCCGGUGAGGCGGCAGGGGGCGGGCGGGGGAGGGAAGGGCGUGGGGGGUGAGGGAGGUGGGACUGGGGGAGGUGGUAUGUCUACCACCACGGGGCACACGCCUAGGGACCUGGCGCAGGUUCGGGACGAUCUGAAGGUUUUGGUUGGGGCGGUGGAGGCUCGGGCACGGGCAGCUGCGGUGAAAGAGAUAGGCGUGGGGGGUGUGAAGGAACGGCCGAGCCUGGUCGUGGGUGCUGCUGGUGACAGUGCUGCCUCUGAUUCUGCUGCUGCUGCCGCUGCUGCUUCUUCUGCUGGUGCUUCUGCUGCCGCUGCGGCUUCUUCUGCUGUUGCUUCUGCCGCUUCUGCUGAUGGUGGUAAGGAGGCGGCCCCUGAAACUGAAGCCCCCUACGAUGCAGCAACUGGAACUGAAGCCGCUGCUGCAGCAACAGCAUCAGCAUCAUCAUCAUCAGCAGCAGCAGCAGCAGCAGCAGCAGCAGCACCAGCAGCAGCAGCAGCAGCAGCAGCAGCAGCUAGUCCUGCAGAUGUCCUAGUAAUCAACAACACAAGUGCAGCAGUGGCUGAGUCCAAGGCAAGCAGCGAGAUUCCAGAGGAUGAAGAAGACCCGUCCACGUUCCUCACAGUGCCACUCACGCCCAUGCGCUCGCCCAUCAUCCGAGUCACCCGCAGCUCCUCCCUCCUCUCCCCCUCCCCCUUCUCCUCCGUCUCCCACCCCUCUUCUUACUCCUCCCUCUCCAACUCCUCUCCCUUCUCCUCCCUCACCCAAUCUUCCCCUUUUACCUCGAACCUGCCCCCUUUCGCCCGUUCCUCCUCCACUGCUGCUCCCUCCCACAAGCCUUCAUUCUCGCACUCCCCCUCGCUCGCCUCCCUCGGCCCCAGCCUCUCCCCUGCUUCUCUUGCCCCUUACAGCAGUGGUGCCGCGGCAACUGUUGCUGCUGCAGAGAGGGAGGAGGGGAAGGAGGCGGAUGGGGUGACAGUAGUGGCUGCUCCGCUUGACCUGCCUGAGCUGGUGGUGGUGGAAGAGGGAGAGGAAGCAGGUGCGGUGGAGGGAGCGGGAAAGGAAGAGGGAGAGGGAGAGGGAGAGGAGGGGGGGAUGGGAGAUGGCAAGGUCAUGGGGGGGCGAAAGGAUGGAUCAACAGCAGAGGCAUCAGGAGAUGCAGCAGGAGAAGCAGCAGCUGAAUCGGAAGGGGAAGUAACAGGAGAGGCAGCAUCGGAGGAAGUAAAGUCGGCAGGAGGGGCAGUGAGUGGGGAGGGUGAGGGGGGUGGUAAGGAGGCGAAGGCAGAGAGGAUUGAGGCAGAGACUGGAGUAGAAUCAGACGCUUCAGCAGCACUGGGUGCGCCUGAGGCCACCCUGUCGGCUGCAGCUGCCACCACUGCUGCUCAACACUCCUUGCCCAAAUCGCUCUCUACCUCCGAGCAGCAGCAGCGGCAGCAGGAGAAGGAGCAACAGCAGGAGCUGCAAUGGCAGCAGCAGCAGGAGCGUCAGGAGCGGCAUGAGUGGCAGGAGAGGCGCAGGCAGCAGCUGCAGCAGCAGCAGGCAGCCUUGGAGCACCAGGUGGUGCUGCUGCAGCGGCAGGAGCAGGCGCUGCUGCAGCAGGCUGAGGAGGUAGCAGAGGAGGCGGCACAGGAGGCGAGGCGGGUGGGCGUGCAGCAGCAGGUGGUGCUAGACGUGGAAGGGCAGGUGGCUGCUGUUCGAGACACCAUGGUGUUCCUCUUGAGAGACUUGCAGGAGCGUGGGGAUGGGAGGGGAGGAGCAGAGGAGGGAGGAGAGGCGGGGAUGCUGCAGCAGGCUGUGGAUGAUGGGGAGCAGCGACUGAUGGAGGCACAGCAGUGCAAACAGCACUGCCUAGGGCCCCCCCUGCUGCCUUUCCCACACACAGGCUCUCAGAGCCCGUCGGCAGCGGCUGCAAGAGAGGGAGCGGCAGCACUGCCGCCUGCAGCAGCACCACUCUGUCCCCUCUCCCCCACUUAUGCCCCCUGCUGCCUCUGCACCUUCCCCCACUCUCAGGUGCUCAGCAGCUACAGGCAGCGGCUGCAGGAGAGGGAGCGGCAGCACCACAGCCUGCAGCAGCGCCUGCGAGUCAACCGCCGCCAGCUAGCAGUCGCCCGCUCCGCCGCCGAAGCUGCUGCCGCAGCUACUGCCGAGGCUGGGGCCGAGGCUGGGGCCGAGGCUGGUGCCGAGCCAGUGGUGGGUGGGAAGGAUGCGGAGGAGGGGAAGGAUAGGGUGGCUCAGCUGAGGCCCCGCACGCCACCCGUUGUUGCUUCUGAGACGUCUCAGCAGUCCCUCAGGCCACGCACACCACCCAUUGGUGCCCAUGCCCCACAGCACAGGCAGCUGCUGCAACAGCAGCAGCAGCAGCAGCAGCAGCAGCAGCAGCAGCAGCAGCAGCAGCAGCGCCGCUCUCCAGCCCUGCGCCCCCCAACAACCCCUGUGGGGAGCAGCGCCGCCUAUGGUCGCCCUGCCGAUGCCAGCGCCCCGGCUGCUGCCCCUGCUGCUUCCCCUGCUUCCCCCCUUGCGGGUCCCAUGGUGGACGGGCGGCAGAGAGGGCGGCGACUACAGGACGAUGAAUUCGGCAUGUCCCUUUCCGCCCCUGUGGUUUCUGCGCCUACUUUCGUUGAUGCUGCUGACCGCCGUGCAUCUCCCAGCCCUUCUUUUGCCGGGCUCGGCUCCAGAAGCAGGCGAUUGGCUGAUGACGGUUUGAUCUCUCCUGCUGCUGGUGACGCUGCUGCAGCAAUGACACCUUCCCUGGUUGGGCCUGGCUCGAGAAGCAGGCGGUUGGCUGAUGACAAGUUUGGCAGUUUGAUCUCUCCUGCUGCUGAUGAUGCUGCUGCAGCAGCGGGACCUGGGGUUGGGUCGAGGAGCAGGCGAUUGGCCGAUGAUGGGCACGGUAGCAGGCGGUUGGCUGAUGAUGGUCAUGGGAGCAGGCGAUUGGCCGAUGAUGGGCGUGGAGGCAGAAAAUCAUUGGAUGGUGGAGUUGGGAGCACUAGUGGCAAGAGAAUGUGGUGGGGAGGAGUUGAGGUGAUUCCAUGUGAUCAAGUCGAAGGUGCUACCCCAUCAGCAAUGCGCCAAAAUAUCACCUCCGCUUCUCUAGCCGUCGAUUCCCGGCUCGCCCUCGCCGAUCAGACGGUGUUCAAGGGCCAACCAGUGACCGUCUCUGUCGCUGCUCCCGCCAGAAAGACCGUUGCGACGAGCGUGUCGUGCCGUGCCGAUGGCGACAAUAAGAAUGCGACGCCCAACUUCGCGGCUCAGCUCGCUAGAGCCGUCGUUCCCGCUCUGUCCUCCGCGAUCUUCGCCGCGACCGUGAUGGGCAUUGCGCCGACAGCUGACGCAAUGCAGAGCUAUCUCCUCACUGGUGGCGUCGCCGCCGCUCAAGCAGAGGAGGUCGCUGUUGUGGAUGAGGCCGCUUUAAACACGCCUGAGGAGCGAGCCCGGCGGUUGGGCGAGCUGCUGCGCAAGAAGCGCGAGGAGCAGGAGGCGAUCGCCGCUGCGGCGCGCGCGGAGGCGGAGAAGAAGGCGGCGGAGGAGGAGGCCGCGCGGAGAUUCGCGGAGGAGAAGAUCCAGGCGCAGAGGCUCUUCGUUAAGCCGGAGCUGAAGCCGUCGAGCACAGCGGCGCCGCCCGUGAAGGAGGUGAAGCAGCAGGAUGCGAAGAAGAGCAAGCGCGGCGGCAUGCCGCUCUUCGUCUCGCAGUUCGGCGUGCUCGCCGCGUUCGGCGGUGGCAUCGCAGCUCUCUUCGUGCUGCCCGAUGAGAAGUGGAAGGAGAUCGAGGAGGUGAGAGAGGCAGCCCAUGCCAGUGCAGCAUCUUCUGCCCCUCAACUCUUACACCUGUCCCCCCGCACCUCGACCCUCACCCUUGCCCCUUCCCACCUCAACCCUCACUGUCCACUCACACCUCUCAUCCCCCCUGCCCCCGUGGAGCAGAAGCUGGAGGAGAGGUGGGGCAACGGUGAGAGUGGUGGGGCAAACUAA